AUGAAUUCGCUCACAACUGGCUCAGCUUCAAUAUACCUUCAACCUACCUUGGUUUCAUCAACUGAAUAUGAUACAGAAACAAUUGUAGACAUUGAUCCACACGCUAAACAAGAACACACAUCAAUAACAUUAGAACAAGCCGUAUCUGCGGCCGACUCUUCUGGAGACGGAAUCAGCAAGAUAAAGUCCUGGCUGCGAUCCCAAUGGAAAGAUGACAGCAAUCGCCACGCCUUUCAACUAGCUACCGCAAUGGCAAUUGCCUCAUUAUUUGUUGUCAUUGGACCUAUUGACGCCGUAUUCAAGAACUCUUUCUGGGUCCAUAUUUAUUUCACACAUGUAUAUAUUAACACAUCUUUCUUUAAAAAUUCUGUAGCCGUUUCUGUUGUUACUAUUCUUGACACAUCACUUGGUGGUACUUUACACUCUAGUACUCAACGCAUGUUUGGUACUCUCAUAUCCGCAAGUCUGUCCGUAUUUUCCAUGGUAGUCUCAAAAGCAAUAUUCCCUCAAUGGAAUUGGCACGCAGCUAUCCUCUUUACUACCUUUUUAUUUCUACAAGCAUUUUUUAUUGCAAAAAUUAAACAAAGGCCGAGCACAGCCUUUGCAGGAAAUGUGGGAAUGAUCACAACUGCAAUAUUGUCGCUAUCGGGCUAUUCAAACAUCAUCAAAGAUGAUAUAUACGGAAUCCUGAGAUUAGCUAUGUGGAGAAUAGUAGACCUGCUCAUCGGUUUUGUGAUCGUCAUGUGGAUCUGUCUCUGCAUUUUUCCUUCAAAGGCUAAGCGCACUCUGAGAAAGAAUCUCAGCAAAGCAUUAAACGAGGCCGCCGAUAUUUAUGAAGAGAUGGCAGGUUGUUAUCUCUACUCAAACAAAUGUGUCCCCGAAACCUCCGCCCGAGUCCAGGAUACUGGCACAAAUACUCUGGGCGAAGUUAGUAGACAUCCUUGCCUGCUAUCAUGCUCCAACUGUGUAGAAGAUGUCAAUAAACGAGCACUAGGUGUCCUUGCCCGCCUUCACAAAGAAUCUGCUCGCCUACCAAAUGUAUCUAAGGAGAGCUAUUUUACCAUGCCCACACGCCUACUUUUUGGUAGUGGUCGUACCCAAUGGCGACGUGAUCUCGAUCAAACAAAAAGAUACAGCGAAGUCCUCAGUGCGAUCAAUCAAAUAUUCUUGUCUUGCCUUUCCUUUCGUCUCCUUGCCCCUCUUGUACGCUCUGAGGUAUUAUCAUCAAAGUCGAGUCUGACUCAAAAUGAAUCUUCUGGCUCAGAACCAGCCCAGCCCAGAGAUGUUCGUCAUGCCCACACUUUCCACAGCUGUAUUGCUCCUUCAAAAACCGUCCGAGAGAGUUUUCUGGACAGUCUCAAGGUUAUCCGUAAACUUGCAUUGAUGCUAAGGGACGGCGAACAAAAUCUUAGUGAUCAUCCGGAUUGGCCCAUCGUGCGACUUACUAUCUUUCGAGGUAGUAUAUAUAUUCAACAAGGGCUUGCCGAGAUGACCGAGGAUAACCAAAAUGAAAUGAUAGGCAGCAAGAGCCUUAUUCAUUAUGGUUUUAUGAUCCGCUGUUCAAUGAUUUGGCAAAGCCUUGAAAUUAUUGUUGAAAACUUGUGCCAUCACAAAGCAUGUUCAAUCAUGAACUCAGACAUCGCAGGCGCCUCAGUAUAA